AUGGCCGACCGUGGGAACCGUGAGUUCCUUGAUGCCCUGCAACUUCGCGUUCGCGUGCUGGAAGUCGAAAACACCAGGCUCAAUGCAGAAAUUCUCAGUUUACUGGAGAAAUUGGAAAUCUGCAUUGAAAAAUACGGCCCGAAAUGCUUCGUAAGAAAGUCCAAGCAAGUUGACUGGAGGAAGAUGCUCCGAGACUCCGACAACCUGACAGACCCAAAGGAACUCAAAAAGAUUUACAGGGCUGCCUGCAAACAGUUUAAUAUGAGCUCAGUCCCUCAGAACCACGGGAUAUACUACGUUCGGCCAAACAACAAAGAACUUGAAUUAGAACUGGCAGUGGCCGACCCAACAGCGGGGUUCCAACCGGAGAUGUUUUUCAACUUUGCUGCCCUCCUGAAAGACCAUCCGAAGAUUGCCUUCAAGAUUGCGGCCUAUACAAUGGUUAAGGAUACCGCGAUCUCUGUGGUCGCCCGUUUCGACAUACAUGAUGUGUAUCCUCCAACACAAGGCGGGCUCGACAAGAAAAGUGGACUUAGCUACCGCUUCCACUGGGGUGGUUCGGCCUGUGCUAUAAAUUCGUCGCCUCUCCCAAGAGACGUCUUGGCCCCCAUUUUCGUCUCCAGGGAUUGGCACGAGAUGUUUGCCACUGCAUUCUACUUUAUGAACUCGUUUUCAUUCGAGUCCUUGGGAGAAUUUGGCAUUUUCUGCAGAAACACUCCACGAGCCAGAUGGCAGAGGGUGUCAGAUUCGGCUAUCACAUGGAUUGGUUCCAUAAUGGAGACCAGCAACCCAAAGAAGAGCGGACCAAGAUGGUGUAAAAGCCGUUGGGGAAUGCAUGUGUUGGGUCAGUUUCGUAAUCUGAGAAGCCUGGUGAUCAGCCUCGAUGAGACGUCAAAUGGCAGAAUACGAAGAAAGGACGAGCCAGAACACAUGAAGCAACCGCUCAAGAGGUCAACCAAGAACCACGACAAUUACAGGAUGACCAGAGAUCUCCGCAAGUUACGAGGCAUGGAUAACAUUUACCAGCUCCGAGGCAUUGAGCAUAUUGAAGUGUAUGAUAACUUCCAACUGUUUCCAAAAAGGCCAGUUCGAGAUCAAACUUUCGUUCAAGACUUGAAGCGCCAGGUGUGCGCUCCAAAGAGUCAAGCAGAUGAGGCGAAAGCAAAGAUUAAAAACAUGAUGCCUCUUUUGCGACGAAACCCUGGCACUCCCAAAUACAAGCCGUCGAGGCAGGUUAAACAGGUGCUGAAAUAUAUUUUCAACUCCCGUCCUCGAUAUGAGCGUCCAGAUGUGCCACAGCAAAUGGCAGGCGAUGAGAGCGAUUCGGAUGGCGAUGAUGAUGACGAGGACCCUGGCGAUAUCAGUGACCCCGAAAGUGACGACGUUGACUACGACCAGCUCGAUGAUGACGACCACCAGAACCCACACGACGAUGAUGACUCCGAUGAUGAUGAUGAUGAUGCGCCAAAUCAAGGCGCCAUUGCUUCAAGAGAAGCUUCAGAAGCCUCCAGGGCCGGAAAUUUUGCCAAUGGUGGCAGCGAAAACAACGAUGAUGAAGAUGAGGAUACUGAGAUGGGUGGACAUGAGCUUCAGAGUGUUAUAAAACCAGGGGAAGACUCUGACGAUGAUGACUUCGAGUUCAUUCACUCUGAAAAGCUCCCACCGAUUAAAGUGGAAGGCGACGAUGAGCUUGGAUUCCUCCACUCCGUCAAGCGUCCUACCCAAACCAUCGAUUUGAGCCAGCUGCCUGACAUGGCAGAUCCAGACACUGCGCUUCCAUCCAUCGAACAAGAUGAGGUCAAGCAGGAGGUGAAGUCCGAGGAUCCAAGUGCAGGAGAAGGCAGGGAUAGCAUGGAGAGCAUCCCCUUCUUCGAUAGCCCAACUUGGACACAACGAGAUGUGGUUUCACCUUUCGGACGGCUCACUCCGAGGCGAGGCUCUUCACCACAAUCAUCUUUAUUCGUUCGUCAAAGUCCCUCCGCACGGAGCGCUUUUUCAAGCCGCCUCUCUGGAUACUUCGGAUCUCCAGGCUCGGAGCGAAAGCGAAGCUUUGAAGAUGAAGACGAUGACGAUGCGGCACCUCUAAGCGUGAGACGUCGCUUGUCGGAUAUGACGGUGACUGAAAAUGAGAUUGAGAAGUGAAGCAGCUUUAUGAAGAUUUGCGCAAUAUCGAAGUAUUUAUUAUGAUUUACGACUUGGGCAAUUUGAGAAGGAAGGCGUGGGUUUUAAUGGCUAUUGACAGUCGGUGAUGGCAUGGGUACUGGAGAAAGGAACCGAGCUUACGGUGGCGCUAUUUGAUGAUAUCUAAAUGAAUCGUUUUUGAGGCAUCUGCGUGCACUCGGAGAGCAGUUUUAUUUUUUAUAUUUUUAUG